AUGGGGACCAUAGACCAACUGCCAGACUCGUACACAUGGGUGCGACAGCAGCAAGCUCAACAAAACUCAUCCGACCCAUGCGAUGAAGCUUGGGUCCCGCUUGACGGACAGGGCCAGCCCUGGUCUCCGCAUGAGGCUGCUUACGGCGGAGCAGAGAGCGGCGGCUACCCAGCACCCACGGCCACCCAUGGCCUCCCCUUUCAGGCGCCGCGCGCUGCCCAGCAGCAGCCCUAUCACACCACCCAGGGUUUCUCCGGCCACUGCUCCGCGCCCACUCUGCUUCCGGCUCCCCAGAUGGGGGCAAACAGAGUGCCUGUCAACUCCUCCCCCGGCUGGCAUCACCAAGCCCCACCCAUGCUGGCCGAGACGCCACAGCCGAGGCACUUCACAGAUGCGCCCGGCAUGUACCGAGACAUUGGCACUCAGAACUCUCAGCCGCCCGCGCAGUACAGCGCUUAUGAAACCCGGAAGACAUACCAUGCGUGA